AUGAACAAAGUUUUGAAAUCUCAUAAACACAACAUCUCCGAUAUAAAUGAACUUCAAGCUACAUUAGACAGUAAAGCCGACAAGAACCAUACAAACGAAUCCUUCACUACUGUUAGAGCAGACGAUGUAAUAUUGAACUAUGAUUUGGGUUCAAGUGCACCUUUAGAGAAUCCGAGUACAAGCGUAAAAGAUACUCUUAACAAUUUAGAUAACAGAUGUAUGAACAUUGAAGGUCAUGCCAGAAACUUUGAAGCAUACGAACUACCAGCAAUGUUAGAUAAGAAAGCUGACAAAACUUAUGUGGAUGCAGAACUAACAAAGAAAUUUUCGAAACCAGACACAAUGACAUUCACAACAGAAUUUAUAAAUGGUGAACCAGCAACUCCAUUUGAAUUUGUAAGAGGCAUUCAACCAGAAACAUUUGAAUUUUUCUUGGAUAAUUCUAUAGAGCUAACAUUACAUUAUAAAAGUGGAACAAAUGCAACAUUUCAUCCGGGAGAUACAUUCCAAAUGGUAUUUAAUGACAUAAGUUCUUUAGAAUAUAUUUAUAGAGUUAUGAGCAUAUAUGAUUUAAUAUAUCCUAUAGGAGCUGUUUAUACGUCUAUGAAUCCAAUAAAUCCAAACACUUUAUUUGGUGGUAGAUGGUAUGAAAUAGUUGACAGUUUUCCAUUCUACACUAAUACGCAGUCAAUGAAGAUGGGAGGUUCAAAGAAAAUAGGUAUUGAAAACCUUCCUUCACAUAUGCAUAAGUUCAGUGGAACAACAUCUGUGGAAGGAAACCAUUCACAUUCAAUAACAAAAAGAGGUUAUAGAAAUCUUGCAGCAGGUUCGGAUAGACAGGGAAUGGAUAGAUAUGAUAUUUCAAGCGACCCAGUAGAUUCAAGCGCAGGUAUUUUCUGUGGAACUGCAGGAAACCAUACACAUGUUUAUGCUGGCAUUACAGACCCAGCAGGUAAUGGAAAAGAUUAUAUGCCUCCUUAUAUAACAAUGCACGCUUGGAUACGAGUUGGUUAA